AUGUCAGUAAGGAUGUUGUAUAAGUGGAGUUCCCCGCCAAUACAGGAAUUCAACAGGGCCGGAGAGUGGUGGGUGGGCAUAGUGAGGGUAGGGCUGCUAAUGGAGGAGCGGAAGAGGGAGAGGCAAGUUCGAAGACUUCAUGCAGGGUCCCGCCUAAACCGUCACGGCGAGCUCCGCUGGAGCGCAACCCUACCCUUUUUGGCGGGAGAAUUGAGGAGCCACUGGCACGUCCGGAUGGAUGGAUAUUCGCCAGGCCAGGCAGACUUUACUGUUUGCAUGUGGAGCGGUGUGCUAGUUCCGUGUGUACGUGUGACAUGGGGAGAGCUGCCUGAGGGGAGGAUGGUACUGGUCACAUGUGCUGCACUCGUGGCUGGUCAACAUCCCUUACCACUUCACUGCCCAUAG